UCGUGGGCGUCUCCCUUUACGCUCGCGCUGCAGAGUUGGAGCUCUUCGACGGUGGCACGACUCGUGAGCUGACAACAUUUGCUAUUAAAAACAAGCAUCAGCCGUGUCAUCUCCCUCCAAGAAGACAGCUUUAUUUAUUGGGAUUCACUGGACAAAAAAGUUUCACUAAAAGCAAAAUGCCUCCCCCUGUGCGCCACAGAGCAAUGCGUGUCUUCAUGAACGGGGACCGCCACGUCAUGGCCAAACAUUCUGCCAUCUAUCCAACUCAGGAGGAGCUGGAAAGUGUCCAGAACAUGGUGUCCCACACAGAACGCGCUCUUAAAGCGGUAUCUGACUGGCUGGAUAAAGAGGAAAAGGGAACUUCAAAGUCUGAAUUUGAAAGCACAGACACUGACAAGGACAGUGAGCAGAAAGAUCAGGCCACUCGUACUCUGCGUGGUGUUAUGAGGGUGGGCCUGGUGGCUAAGGGUCUGCUGCUGAAAGGAGAUCUGGACCUAGAGCUGGUGCUUCUCUGUAAGGACAAGCCUACCGUCAAUCUGCUGGAAAGGGUGUCUGAUAACCUUAUUGCCCAGAUAAAGACAAUAACAGAAGACAAAUAUGUAGUAACACAGAAUAUCCAGGAUGCGAGCAUUGUUAUCCAGAGCACAAAGGAGCCCCCUCUCACGCUCACAAUUCACCUUACGUCCCCUUUGGUUCGUGAAGAGAUAGAGAAGGCUACUGCUGGAGAAACGCUUUCAGUCAUCGAUCCCCCGGAUGUUCUGGACAGGCAGAAAUGCCUAACUGCCUUGGCAUCUCUCCGCCACGCUAAGUGGUUCCAGGCCAGAGCCAACGGGUUGCGCUCUUGUGUCAUCGUCAUCCGGAUCCUAAGGGACCUGUGCAGCCGAGUCUCCACAUGGGCCCCGCUUCGUGGCUGGCCACUGGAGCUGAUCUGUGAGAAAGCAAUUGGCACCGGAAACCGGCCCAUGGGGGCAGGUGAGGCUCUGCGGAGGGUGUUGGAGUGUCUUGCUUCGGGGAUCCUCAUGGCAGACGGUCCUGGGAUUUAUGACCCGUGUGAGAAGGACCCCACGGAUGCUGUUGGCCACUUGAAUCAGCAGCAGAGAGAAGACAUCACAGCGAGCGCUCAGCAUGCUUUACGGCUGUCAGCCUUUGGGCAGCUUCACAAAGUGCUCGGAAUGGAUCCACUUCCAUCAAAAAUGCCCAAAAAACCUCGCAGUGACACCCCUAUUGAUUACACAGUGCAAAUCCCCCCCAGCACAGCAUAUGCCCCGCCUAUGAAAAGGCCUAUAGAGGAAGAAGAAGGACCCGAUGACAAGAGUCCAAACAAAAAGAAGAAAAAGCUACAGAAGAAAUCUGCAGAAGACAAGGCCGAACCGCCUCAGGCUAUGAACGCCCUGAUGAGGCUGAAUCAGCUGAAGCCGGGUCUCCAGUAUAAACUCGUAUCCCAAACCGGGCCCGUUCAUGUUCCGGUCUUUACUAUGGCCGUGGAGGUGGACGGAAAGACAUUUGAGGCUUCUGGCCCAUCCAAGCGCACUGCCAAGCUGCACGUAGCUGUCAAGGUACUGCAGGACAUGGGCCUGCCCACUGGGGUGGAAGUGAAAAGUACCGAACCAGCUGUUAAAGUGGAAGAAGCGGCGGUACCGGUCACGGCAGAAGAAGUGAAACCGACAGUAGCAGCCACUGAAUCUUCCACUGCCGCCACCGGAGCGGCUGGUGCUGCUUCUGAAUCUACUGAGAGCGCUCGCCAACAGGGACCAAUUCUGACUAAACACGGCAAGAACCCCGUGAUGGAGCUGAACGAGAAGAGGCGGGGCCUCAAGUACGAGCUCAUCUCAGAGACGGGCGGCAGUCACGACAAGCGCUUCGUCAUGGAGGUGGAGAUAGACGGGCAGAAGUUCCAGGGCACAGGGUCCAAUAAGAAGGUGGCCAAGGCCUACGCAGCCCUGGCUGCCUUGGAGAAGCUCUUUCCUGAAGGCUCCGUUCCUGAGCCGGCUAAAAAGAAGAAGGGACCGCCCAUGCACGCAUUUGGCAUGAUGGGCGGCAUGGAUGCUGGCGCACCCAGAGGUAGAGGGAGAGGACGAGGUCGUGGAAGAGGCAGAGGCUUCAAUAAUGGCGGCGGCUACGGCCAAGGAGGUGGCUUUGGAACGUAUGGAUAUGGGAACAGCGCUAACUCUGGCUACAAUUACUACGACCAUAGUGGGGCAAAUGGAGGAGCCGGGGUAUCGAGCAGCCUCUCAGGCGGCCUUCCCUUCGGCUCCACAGAGGCGCCGGCUCCGAGCUACGGUUCAUAUUACCAAAACGAAGGAUCCUACGCUGCCCUGGGUGCCAACAAAAUGGCCAAAAAGAAACCCCCGGUGCUGAAGGGUGGGAAGGCAAACAUUCCUGGUCCCCCUAGGGGACCCGCAGGGCCUCCAGGAGGCUAUCUGUCAAGCGUCUCCGCAGGGCAGGGCUCCUACAGCCAGUAUGGGCCAGUCAAGAAGACCUUCAGCCAGAACCAGGGGGGUGCAGGUGGUUAUUCCUACAGCACCGCCUACCCAAGCCAGGUGACGGGAGGUGCUGGAGGGAACCAGGAAUACAAUUACGACGCAAUCCAUCCAUCAUCCAGUUUGUCUACCCAUCCGUUUGUCCAUGAACCCAUCUACCCAUCCAUCAGUUCAUCAGGCUUCAACCCCCAAUCCACCUACGGCGCACAGGGAGGUGGCAACCAGGGCUUCGGCUCCAACCACUCUCAGUACCACAACCCCGGCUUCGGCAGGGGUGAAGGCAGCAUGGGUUACCAGUACAGAUAGGUUGUCACCAGUCCAUGUGCGAGUGAGCGGCUCCCAGCACCCUGCGUCAGUGUUCUCGGCCCUUCUCCAAAGAGAGCGAUGGAAGACUUGCCUGUGCUCUUUGCCUUUUCCAUGUUUGCUUCCUAUGUGCUUUCGGUUUUAGAUGUAGCACAUGUUGGCACACUUUGAGAUAUGUGGACUUUUCAAAUGUCUUGAGCUGAGCUAUGGUUGAACUAGUGGUCUGUUUCAGUGGCGCGACGACUUCCAAGUCUUGUUUUGGUUUUAUUUAUUUUCUUGAUCUUUUGCUCCUGGUCCUUACCACCUAAUAUGAAGACUGAUGUGACAAACUUGGUGUUAAGUCAUGACUUUAGUUUCCUUCUUGAGAUGGCUGGAAAAAUGUGAAAAGCAGUUUAACCAUAUUUUUAUGACUCUUAUUUUUUUUUUUUGGCUCCAUUUUGUGGUAAUUACAAUGUACCCAGGUAGCUUUUUUUUUUCCUUCCAGCCGUGGUUGUGAUUUUUGACCGUUUUUGUUAUUUACCUGAUGUAAUGUGGUGGUUUCUCAGUCUGAUUUUUCUGGAUAACUGGAACAUAUAUUCUGCUGUUUAAAUCCACAGCUCUGCUCAAUGUAGCUUUUAAACUGGGUGGGGUUUACUCUUGUUAAUGUGUUUUUAUUAAUAAAUUCUUUUUAUUUUGAAUUAACA